GGAAAACUCCCUCAGGUCUUUAUAAGGGAUUUCAGAGCUGCUGUUCAACACGACAAUUCAGAUCAGGAAAAGAAAACUCUUCAAAUAUUAUCGGAGCUCUACCCUUCACCUCUGCCUGGACUCCCGAUUGGCCACACACAAGAAAAUACAUUUUGACAUAUGAAAGAAGACUGAUGCAUCUGACUACUGGACCAUCAUCCUGCAGAUUCCCUCCAAAACACUAAAGGACUAAAUAGAGUACCACAGAAGUGAUGUUCAAACAGUAAACAAAGCUGAGAUUUGACUGCCAUAAAAAGCAUCAAAACUUCAGGAAAAUAUAAUUAUAUCAUAUCAACUAUUUCAUUAUAUUAAAAGCUGAAAUCUGCAGCUCUGCCAUAAUUACCAGAACACCAUGGCGACCAAUGACCAAGCAGGGAGCAGGGAGAUUGAUUAUCCAGAGACGAUUACCACUAAGGAGGACAAGAAAGAAUACAAAGAAAUGAUCCUGAGAAACAAUCCUGAUAUUCUUUAUGCUGAUUACAUUAAUCAAGAAGGGAGAAGAAUAAAGAAUAACUUAAUUUUCUACACCACGCUGAUUAAUGAAUGGAAAUUAGUCAUUGAUAAUGAAUACCAGCUUGUUGUUAGAACAGAAAUUGAACAUGGAGAAAGAUUUGACAUAUUUCGAUAUAGACCAUAUGAAAAAAAAAAUCGUAUUCUCACAAUAUCCUUUUACACUACUGGCACUGUGCUUGUGCAAAGCAAUGAGGAAAAUCUGAAUUUAUUUGAGAAUAUCUUUGCUCAGCUGAAUGUCAGAGUGCAGACAGAGAGAGAACAGGCCCAAAUGAACAACCCAAAUAAUCCUCCACCUCCACCUUCACCUCCACCUCCACCAUCUGACCAUCAGCUUAGAGAUGGAGAAGAAAGAGCUGAAGAAAGAGACCAGCCACAAGCUGCUGCUGAAGAUACUAGCUCCUCCAUCACUGAUAUUUUCAGAAAUCUGUCUGUUGGUGGAGAUUGAAGUUAGCAACUUUCAAAAAAAUUGCUGAUUGGUUCAAGCCUGGAUCUUCAGAGACAGAACUUCACAAUCUUCAACCUCAAGAUGUUUUUUUUUUAAUAAAUAUACAAAAGAGACAUUUUAUGAACAGAAAAACUCUACAAAAGAGAUAUUAGAAACUUUGACAAACAAUGACUGUUGUAAGAUGCU